GUAAGACAGCGGCUCUCCCUCGGUUUAGAGAACUGUGUGCUAGCGGGCGCAGGUAGAGCCCUUCUCCCUAGUCUCGGCGGCGUUAGGCUUGCUGUCUCCUCAGGCUUUGUGGGCCUUGCUAAUCCGAAGGAUUGUCAUGGCAUGGUAGAAUGUAUAUUGCUUGUCUCUCUAUAGAAUAAUUUAAAAAUGACCACACCGAACAAGACACCUCCUGGUGCUGAUCCUAAGCAGUUGGAGAGGACAGCAACAGUCAGGGAAAUUGGGUCUCAGGCUGUUUGGUCACUCUCUUCCUGCAAACCAGGGUUUGGAGUGGAUCAAUUACGGGAUGACAAUCUAGAAACUUACUGGCAAUCUGAUGGCUCUCAGCCUCACUUAGUGAACAUCCAAUUCAGAAGAAAAACAACAGUGAAGACAUUAUGUAUUUAUGCAGACUAUAAGUCUGAUGAAAGCUACACUCCAAGCAAAAUCUCAGUCAGAGUAGGAAAUAAUUUUCACAACCUUCAAGAAAUCCGGCAACUUGAAUUGGUGGAACCAAGUGGCUGGAUUCACGUUCCUUUAACUGACAAUCAUAAGAAGCCAACUCGCACAUUCAUGAUACAGAUUGCUGUUCUAGCCAAUCAUCAGAAUGGAAGAGAUACCCACAUGAGACAAAUUAAGAUAUACACACCAGUGGAAGAGAGCUCCAUUGGGAAAUUCCCUAGAUGCACAACCAUUGAUUUCAUGAUGUAUCGUUCAAUACGGUGACUUUAAAAUGGACAGAAGUGAACAGACGUUUGUUUUAUCCUAUCAUUGGAUAGUAUAUCAAGUAUCUUUGGUGAAAAGUCAUGUUACUUUGCAAUUUUACAUACAUUUAAAAUAAUUUAGAUAAAUAACUUUUAGGUCAUGUCUGUUUUUUAUAUAAUAAAGCUCAUAUUUUAUGUUGCUAACAUGAAUUUGAAGUCAAUCUUUAAAUUUUUCUUUAUAUUAAAAGAAAACUAGUUAAACUGAAAAUUUCAAGAUAUAUAUACUAUGUGUUUACUUUAUUUAUGGUGGUUAUUUCAUAUAAUGGUUGUUGGAUAUUGGGAGCAAAAUGGAAUUUUCAAUAGCACUGAAGUGGAAGCUUAAAGGUACUUUGGAAUAUUAGUUGUGUUGGAUGGUGUUUUCCUGGAGCAGACACAGGUGAAAGACCAAGGAACAUUUGGCUGAAACAGACCCAGGUAUGUUCUGCUAAAGCAAGCAUGUGAGAGGGCUCUGAGUGAAGACAUUCAUGUAUUGGUCCUCCUUACAUUGCAUAGUUGAGCUGCAUUUGUUGGGACUCUUAACACCAAAACCUUCUGGUGGUGUGCUACUGCUUCUUGUUGCUUCUGCAGAUUUGGGCUGAUUGGCAGAGACCUGUCACCUGAGACAUACUUAAUGUGCUGAAGCAAAGCAUGUGCUGAGACAAUAACAUGUGGAGGACACUUGAUGUCUGGAGAGAUGAUAAAUAGGACUCACAAUGACGGAGGCUGAACUAGUCUUGCUUAUAGAGCUGUCUGUGCAACGCUUGAGAGGCACAGCUGAGAGCUUUUCCUGGUGUUCCUGUUGGCCAUGGUCCUUCCUGUUGACUAGUGCCAGAGCUGAGGCCUGGCUGUCUCUGCUAGGUAGUGCCAUCGCUGCUGAUUGGUGUUUGCUAUCCUGACUUCUGUGAACUGAACUGCUGAUUUCCUGACAAUGCAGAUGGGAGUUGCUCUAAAGAACCAUAUCUUAAACAAAUCUACUUCCCCUGUGUUCUUUCCUUCCACUACUUAUGGUGGAUGGAAGGCUAAAAGGAAGGUUAAAGCAUUUAAGAACCCUCAUUUAAAAAAAGGCUUGAAAAAAUUAAAGUUACACAUUAAUUUUUUUUUUAGAGGAAAUUAAAUGUUUGUGUCCCCCCUCACCCGAAACAAUGAUAAUUCAAUCUCUGGGUGCAACAACUAGAAUCCUAAUCUUGUAAGCCAUAUUAAAUCUAAAUCCUCAGGUGGCAAAUCCUGGCAGAUUCGCCAUUUAAGCUGAGGACACUAGUAGCUACAUCUUGCCUUCUCGAUAACCCUGUCCAAAUAGCCCCUAACUCUCCUGCUUCCUCUCUUCCUCUGUCCAACCUUGAAGUCUCACCUACUUGCCCAGUGAUUGGUCCCUGUAUUCAGACAGCCCCUCCUGGGAAAGCAGAAUUAACAUCGUAAGUGGAAUUAAUACAGGCAUCACCAGGGCCAUCCACAACACUUUCCUUUUUCUGUACUAAUAAAAAACAAAACUUUUCUCUCAAAUAUAAAUUGAGCACAACUACUACCAUUUUGUAAUUUAUAAAGUACAAGAUAGACCUAACACCCAGUCAGUCCAUCAUUUUUGUCAAUUAAAUAGAACACUGUCAUAUUUCCUAACUUAAAAGACGUAUAAUUCUACACCUGACUUAUGUCCUGGCUUUAGAUUGUAUGCCAUCUGAAAACCAUCCUCAAAUCUGUUUUAUCAAUGUUAAAUAGCCUGGGUUGGCUUUGAGACUAUAAGUAGUCUUUCAACUCCAUCAGAAAUCCGAGAAUGACCAACAUUAUCUGAAGAUAAAGGAAGCCUAACACAGCUUCCAGACCUGAGACAAGUUGUAGAGACAGCUGCCUACCCAUAUAGCCCCAGUAAGUCAGGAAGUUGGAGCAUCAAUCUUCAUCCUCUGGCCCAGAAUCAUCUGACAGAUCUUUGAAAAACAGGAAUUGUUAAGGAUUAGCCUAUUGUCUCAGCAGAACUAAGCUGUCCUAACCUGAACAUUGUGUCCUUAGAUAGCCAGUUUCUGCUCAGUGGCCACCUGGCCACAGUGUAUCACUUCACUUGGAGGUAUAGAUGCUCUGUUGCUUUGAAUCCAUGAAUGAGAAGCUGUUAGGAGAUUAUCUCAGGAAGUGAAUAAAUAACAUUAAAUGUCA